AUGAGGGGCCCAUGUGCUAGGAGUGCUGUCAAGACCCCUAUGUAUUCUAUAAGGCUUCCUGGAAGAGAAUCUCGUGUUAAUGAACCUUUUGCAAAAGACAUGAAAACGAUCAUUAAUGACAUUACUAGUGUUUUGCUUCACGACUUGCAAGAGAAACCUUUUGCAUUUUUUGGUCACAGUUUUGGAUCAUAUGUUAGUUUUGCGGUUGCAGUACACUUGAAAGAAAAAUAUGGACUACAACCAGUGCAUCUUUUUAUAUCAAGCGCAGGUGCUCCACAUGCAACAUUUUGUUACCCUCUCCACACAGUAAAAGACAAAGACGAAGACGAAAUUAUCAAAAAGAUACAGUCUCUUGGAGAUACACUUCCUGAGUUUCUGCAGAACAAAAAUGUUAUGAAACAAUAUAUUCCUGCAUUAAGAGCAGAUCUUGCAGUUGUUCAGUCCUUUCUCUUUGAGGAACUGGUAAUAGAUGGUCUCUCUUGUGGCCUUACAUGCUUUGGUGGGUCUGAAGAUUGGCCAUUGGAUUUAGAAGCAUGGAAGGAUGUAACAAGUGGAGAUACCACUAUUCACAAGCUUCCUGGAGGACACUUUUAUCUGCUGGACCCUGCUAAUGAAAUGUUCAUGGCAGACCACAUGACAAAAUGUAUAGAAACUGCUGAUCUCUGA